UGAGAUUCAACUCAAAUGCAAGAAAAAUAUACAAGUCUUUGUGGUGGAUAGUCCUCUGUGGGACUACCACUGUUGGUGCCUGUUAAAAUUUUGCAAAAUUACUGGUUAAAAAAUAGUAAAAAGUAAAUGUGUAAAAACGGACACAAUCACAAGAUUAGUGCAGAGUUGAUAUAUAUUUCCAAAUUGUGGAUGGCGACCUUUUUAUUGGUGGUUUACUAUGAAAAAAAGCACUAAUGCCUGUGAGAGAAAGGGACCAAAUAAGAGGUAAUGAUGGCAGACAUCAUCUUUUCUUAAAAAAUGACUGAAAAAACAAUAAACCUCGCUAUACUCACAAUGACAAAUUAUUGCAAAAAUGAUCAACAAACAUCUUUUUAUCAUGUUUUAUCUUUCAGAUCUAGCCAGUGUCUCUUUUUAUCAGUUUGUGUGAAUUACACAAUCAAAAGAUGAGCAGCUUGGCAGAUUGGAUUGUGGAAAACAAGGACAAGAUCGAGGCAGGAGUGGAGAUGAUUGGGAAAGCUUCGGAGGUGCUUGCUGCCACUGUGGGAAAGCUUCACCCCUUCCUUGAGGUGAUGUUUAUCUCCGGUGCAGAGUUACUCCGCAACCCAGGCAGCAGUGAGGCUCGCUACGUGAGCACGCAGUUUGAUCUAAUCAACAAAAAACUUGCAGGGAUCAGGGAAGAGAUGAGUGAAAUUGCCCUGGAGCUGCAGAAGUCGUCAAUGAACAAACAGAACUUUGACCAGGAGGCCCAGAUCAUCAGCCAGUACGAGAAGUUUCAGGACUUUGUCAAUGCAGAGCCAAAGUUCAAGGAGAAGAAGAUGGAGAAGUUCAUCAACCAUUUUGAGAACACUGAUGGAGAUCUAAACCUGGAUGCACUCUACAAUUCUGUCACUGGGGACAACAUCUCAGGAGACCAAAUGCUGGAAACAGUGGUGGCCAUAGAGCAGAGGAGCAGAAGGGCUGUGGAGGACUUUUGCGCCAAACUCAAGAAGCUCUUUGUGGUGGGAAUCAUCGCCGUCAUGGGCCACGCUGCCCUCAAAGAAGGAGUUGUUGGCGAGGAGAUGGUGAAGAAGUGGAAGGACCGCAUGGAGGAUGUGGAGAAGCGAAUGAAAGCAGCAGUGGAUGAGUGUACAGAGAAAUUUGCAGAUCAGGCCAAACUGGAUGUGGAGCACAUGCUUCAGGAAAACCCUGCCACAGUCAGCCAUGAGUUCACUCAAACCCUUCUGGAUGCACUUGUGAAGAAAUACGACUGGGUGAGGUGGUCCAUUAGAACCUUCCAUGAAAGGGAGCGUAUCUUCUUCUUCAACUGGCUAGCAGGAAAGAAGUGCCAUGGCCAUGGAGGCAAAAACUGGUUUGAGUUUGUAACCAAGAACAAAAUCGUAGUCGUCAUCUCGUAUUGUGCUGACCCGAAACCCAUCAACAAGAGUCAGAUCCAGGAGAAGAUCGAGGCCCGGAAGCUGAAGGGGAACAUGAAGUCUCUAGCUCUGUCUUUGAACAACUUUUUCCCAGACUGUCUGGUCCAUACUGUCAGCCAUUACAAGGAGGUGGUUGAGUCCCAUAACUUUCAUGAGGACUCUUAUUACUACUGGAAACACAAGAAAGCUCACCUGUGCAUCCACCCGCAGUAGACUCCCAGGGACUCGUAAGAGGUUCGUUUUUAACCAAAUAUCUGCUGUACUUCUACUCUAUAGUAUAGUAUAGAGAAUCACAGUUUAGUAUAGGAUGGUGCUUUUUCCUGUACACAUUUAUGCAGAGGAGUUGAUGUAUAAAUUUGAGUUUUUAUUAUUUACAACAUCGUAGCUUUAAUGUCUCAUAAGGGGAUGAUAAUCGGGAUGUCAAUAAAUUGUCAGAAAAAUAAUACUGCAUCUGACUUUCACCCAGCUGAAAAGAACGAUAGAGAUAGUGGAUGUCUUUUUUCCUUCGAUAUCUUUUACUUGCAAGGAGUCAGCAGCUCACAACAGCGGCAGCUUUCUCUGACUGAGGAAUUCAGAUUUUUACACAUCCUUUAUGCAGUCAAGAAACAGACACCCCCGCCCACUAACAUCAUCUCACAAUUGGCAUGACAUUACAAUAGUAUCCAAAGAGGGUACAGGGUGCAGCUGUGGUCCGUACUGGGAAGACAAAGACAGCUUAGUUCAUCAUCAGGUUCCUGCUUAUCAGUUUAAUGUCACUCUGCUGGGAAAACAACCUGUGAGUGAAAUUGUAAUAUUCAUCUAGUUGCAUGGCUUCAGCGGAAUAGUAUCAGUCCCAACUCCGAGGCCAUACUUCUCCUUUCCCAUGCUCAUUAGAAAGAAACAGAUAUGACUCUGGAAGCAUUCACACCAAGUGAUUUUCAGUAAAUGAUGAUUAACAUACUUAAAUAAUGACAAAAUAUACAUGUGAUAGCAUACACAUACAAUUUUUCUUUCAUAAAUGAACAUGUCAGGUUUUUUUUUGUGAUUUUUAACAUUUAUGUCGUGUAGUUUUUAUUUUGUAUAAACCCUGAAAAGGUCAUUUAUAGAUGCGCUGUUCAUGAGAAGCUUUUGCUGGAUCUUGGAUGAAGCAACGACGUGACAAUAAAAAAAAAACAUUGAAAUUUUGGAGUUUUGUGUCCUUUUUAAGUCAAAGAUAUUUUUUUUUUGCAGGUACUAAACUUAACAGCUAGAACAGCUGAGUAGCUGUGCUUAACAGCUAGAAGAUUGGGUUUAGUUACUGUUUGGUAGCACCACUGUGUCCAUGAGGUAAGUAGACUAGGUGGAACCAGGUAAACCACACCUUUCUGACUGUAUUCAAAAAGUUCAUGAUGUUAUCCUCGACCUCUUUUGCAGGAAUAGGCCUUAGCAUCAUCUUUGGGGGUCAUACCAUUCUGUUCUGCAGCUGCAUUUUUAGACCUCCGGCAAAAUCCCACAAUCCUCAAGACAUUUCUCCUCCUUAACUCAUCCAUGUUUAAAGUUCAGCUUAAAACCUGUCGGUCCUGCCUACCGUUAUUUUUCUCAUGGGAGUCAACAUAAUCCAGCGUGACAGUCAGUAAAUCCUGCUUUUCCAUCUAACGACUCACUGUUUGUGGAUCAGUCCUGAUGAAACACUGAGGAGCUGACACAUGAAACGGCGUUAUAAACUCUCGUACAGUUUGUUCAACUAGCUGCCUCUGUAUCCUUGUCUGAGCAGGUCAUGCCUAAUGCUCUGCCAAUAUUUGAUUUAUGCUUUAGUCAUGUCAUCUUUAUCUUCCCCUGCCUCUCUUUGUUUUUGUCAUUUCUCACUCGUAUGUUGUCUACAUAGAGAGAUAUCUGUCUCUCUUGUGAAACCUGCUCCGCUUGUCUCAGCACUUCAGGUAUAAAUAUGGAGACCCCCUCACAUUUAGAGGUAUAAACCACAUGGAUAAUCAUUGAUAAACCUUUGGAUGUAACUCUUGUGAAAAUUCC